AUGCUUCUGAUAUCUCCACACAAAUCGCAUGCAUUCCGUGCCAUAUGUGCAAUACUGUAGAAACCCAUAAAAUUGCAUGGUGGGAACGCACAGUUAAUCGAGUUGUAACCCGAUACCGGCCUAUGUGCACCGCAGCCGCGGGACUGCGCGCGCUGGACGAUCCGGCAGAGACGCGCGACACGUCCGCGGCUUCUCAAAUCCUCUUGAGCUGAACCAGGGACGCGCUGGAGCCUGAUGAAGAGAGGGGAAGUGGGUGUAGUCCCAAGACUGACCAAUCCCUCCUGAAGGACUGGAACUGGCCAUGGCUUUUGAGGAGAUAAAGAAGAAAGGAAUGAUGGAUAUUUCAGGGAUGGAAGGAGAGGUCGGUCUUGUUGCGGGUCGCAGCCAAAGAGAGAAGAGGCGCUCGUAUAAAGAUCUGUUGAGAGAGGAAGAAGAAAUCGCAGCGCAGGUGCGCAAAACCUCCAAGAAACACCGAAAGGAUUCUGACCUUUUCUUAUUAGGAGGAGAUUCUCACAAGAAAAAAAAGAAGCACUUAAGUGAAGACUACUAUCACAGAGCAGACCAUCACAGCUCCGGUCAGCCGCCCCACAAGAAGAAGCGCAAGUCUUCAGAUCGCUCCCCUUCCCUCUCCUCCUCGUCCUCCUCUCACCCGUCCCACUCCACAGACACGGCCAUGGGCCUCCUAGAGGCCAUCACCUCCCCACUGGCCACGGGCUCCGACCCCACUCCUCACCUCCACAAAAAACCCUCCUACCCUCCCCAAGCCUCCUCACACUCCUCCAAAGACCGCAAACGUGACAGCAGCUCCAAGAGCAGCCACUCCUACUCGCACUCUCGUCCGCCUGGCUCAUCUUCAUCUAAAAAGCAUUCCUCCUCCUCAAAGUCACUGCUGUUCCACGGAGGAGCUGGGAAAGGAGAGCCGCUGACGCUCUGUGAAGCAGAAGGCCUCAAGAUGAAGCUCAUCCUUUCCUCAAAAGAGAAGAAUGAAGGUGUGGGGAUGAACGAGGGAUUCUCCUUUCCGGUACAUUCUUCUUCCUCUUCAGGUGUCGUAGGCCAUCAUUCAUCCUCCAGCUCCAAGAAAGGAGGGAUAAAGAAGGAGAAAGACAAAGAUAAAAUUGUGUCGAAGACACCAAAGAAAAAGCAGCACAGCCGAGAGCCGUUGCCUGUUGUGGGGAAAGAGGUGGAGGUUGUGGGGCAUUACAGCGGCAUGGGAGGAGACAGCUCAUCUUCAGGAGGAGAACUAGAGGCCGGCGAGCUGGUGAUUGAUGACUCCUACACACAUCUGUCUAAAAAGAAGAAAAAGAGCAAGAAGAGCAAAAAGAAAAAAGAUAAAGAGCGAGACAGAGAGAAAGGAUCCAGGGAGAAGAAACACAGCAAAGGAGGAAGUGGAGGGAAGAAAAGCUGUCCAGGUGACCAGCCUAGAAGCCACUCCCACUCUCACAGCUCAUCCAAUCACAGCUCUUCUGGUGGCAUGUACGCUAUGGCUCCUCCCACCUCAUCCCAUCACCAUCAAAGCAUUGAACUGGUGGGCGAGAAGAAGAAAAAGAAGGAGGAAAAGGACAGAGACAGACAUGACAAAGACAAGCCGAAGAAGAAGAACACGACAGCCUAUCAGGUGUUCUGUAAGGAGUACAGGGUCAAUAUCAACGCGGAGCAGCCUGGAUUAGUCUUCGGGGAGCUGAGUAAGAAACUCGCAGAGGUGUGGAAACAGCUGCCUGAAAAAGACAAACUGGUUUGGAGACAGAAAGCUCAAUAUCUCCAGCACAAGCAGAAUAAAGCUGAAGCUAUGUCGGUCAAGCGGAAAACUUUAACAACCCCAGACAGUAAAAGUAAAGGCUCGAGUAAAGCUGUCAGUUUAGGGGCGGGAUUGGCCCCUCAGGGCCGCUCGUCUUUGUCGUUGUCUCCGGCGCGGGUACCUGAUGUGGAUCCCAUAGAUGCAGCAGCUCACCUGCAGCUGCUGGGCGAAUCGCUGUCUCUGAUUGGACACCGACUUCAGGAGACUGAGGGGAUGGUGGCGGUGUCUGGCAGUCUUUCGGUGCUUUUAGACUCUAUUUUGUGUGCUCUUGGUCCAUUAACCUGCUUGACGGCACAAGUUCCUCAGCUCAACGGCUGUCCACGCAACAUCCUGUCAAAUACUUUGGACAACAUUGCUUACAUAAUGCCUGGACUAUGAAUCUCCUAAAAGGCACUUACGAGAGACUGGGUUACAUUUGGACGCAUUCCCAGAAGCACCAAACAGAGGACCAGUUUCCUUUUUUUCAAAACUUUUUCUGAUCAGUGGACAUUCUUAGCCUCUGACGUGUUUUUAAAAAUAGUAUUUAAAAUGUUAGUCAUUUUUUAUUGUUGUAAAAAAGAUAUCCAAUUUUUAGAGAACACUUUUGAAGUUACACUUUUGUGUUUGUGUUUAGUUUCGAUGUCUGUUUUAAGAUGUGUUUGUGAGUGUGAUCUAGUUCACAUGCUUUCAUGAUGUCCGAAACAUUUUAUGUUUUGUAUACAGUUAUGUGCAGUUUCAUUUUAGGGCCAUACGUUGUUGUUUUUUUUCUAAUUUAAUGUUGAGUUAAUUUAUAUCAACAGCAAUUAAACUGUACUGUCUUACAUAUUGUAUUUUUGUAAUGCAAAGGCUGUAAUAAUAUUAUAGUUUUUAACUUUUAGCACGUUUACAGGGCAAGCAUGUAUAAAAUCAUUUUAAAGGUGCAGUAAUUUUUUUUUUUUCUAUGAAAUUCAUAGUUAAUUUCACAAAUAUUUUUAUAAUGAUGUGCACAGACAUGAAGACCCCAACCAAAUCAGUGGACAAGGUCUUCCCUCACAUAACCCUCUUUUAUAGUACACUUAUAGUUGCAGAAUAACUGGUAUGAAUAUUUUUUAAGUGGCAUCAUUAAUUGAGGACUUUAGCUUAAUGCAGUAUCCAGUUCGACAGGUAUCAUUAUGCAUUAAAAAUUACUUACUGCACCAACAAUUUAGUUUACAUUUAAAGUGAUCAUUUUAAACAAGUGAUUGUUGGUAGUUUUAGAAGAUGGAGGGAAAAAGUGAAAUAUAUUUGCAUUGAUAUAUGUGCAUUUUGCAUCGACUUAUUUUCAUUAAAUCUCAAAGACCUUAA